AUUGACAAUGAAGCAUUCGCUUACAGUUUUAAUUAAAGGCUUUUACAUUUUUGUAAAUAUUAAAGUGAAAUAUGUCUUUAAUUGACGGCCGUCCCGCACAAUAUGGUAUUACUUUGAAAGAAUUACGUAAUCUUAUGGAACAUAGGGGCGCAGAUGGACUAGAGAAAAUUCGAGAAUUAGGUGGAAUGCAAGAGAUAUGUAAAAAAUUAUAUACAUCACCAAGCGAAGGACUACGUGGUACACAGAUAGAUCUAGAUCACAGAAGAGAAACCUUUGGAUCAAAUUCGAUUCCUGCAAAGCCUUCAAAAACGUUCUUCAGAUUAAUAUUGACAGCUCUACAGGAUGUUACCCUAAUUAUUCUAGAGGUAUCAGCUAUAAUAUCUCUAUUGCUUUCUCUUUAUCACCCCCCAGAAGGAGAAUCAGAUGACGAAACAAAUUAUGGAUGGAUAGAAGGAUUAGCAAUUUUAAUUUCUGUUAUAGUAGUGGUACUGGUAACAGCCUUCAACGAUUAUUCUAAAGAGAAGCAGUUUCGUGGGUUACAAAAUCGAAUAGAAGGAGAACACAAAUUUGCAGUGAUUAGACUAGGAGAAGUCAAGCAGAUAUCUGUGACUGAAAUAGUUGUAGGUGAUAUUUGCCAGAUUAAAUAUGGAGACCUUUUGCCAGCAGACGGGAUUCUUUUGCAAUCUAAUGAUUUGAAGAUAGACGAGUCCUCGCUUACGGGUGAAUCAGACCACGUCAAAAAGGGAGAGGCCUUCGACCCAAUGAUACUCUCUGGUACUCAUGUUAUGGAAGGAUCUGGUAAGAUGCUGGUUACAGCCGUAGGUGUCAAUUCGCAGGUAGGUAUUAUCUGUACACUAUUAGGAGCAGCUGGGGAUCAAAAAGAACGCAGAAAAAAGAAAAAGAAGAAUGGUGAAAACAAAACCGAAGCUGAAAGCAGCCAUGUGGACACAGACAAGAAAGAUAAAGGACUCGCCAGAGAAGAAGAGGUUGAUGAGGCUUCUACCUCUGCACCAAGUGGAAAAGUAACUGGCGAACAAUGUAAAAGACCUACCGAAAAAAAAUCCAAAAAAGAAAAAUCUGUACUUCAAGCUAAACUCGAAAAACUCGCACUUCAGAUCGGUUAUGCUGGAACCUUCAUUGCAGCUCUCACUGUUGUCAUUCUGGUGCUACAAUUCUGUAUCAAGACUUUUGUCAUCAAACGACAACCGUGGAACUACGGAUACGCUAACUAUUUUGUCCGUUAUCUCAUUAUUGGUGUAACUGUACUUGUAGUGGCCGUACCUGAAGGACUGCCGUUGGCCGUUACCCUGUCUUUAGCUUAUAGUGUUAAGAAAAUGAUGAAAGAUAACAACUUGGUUAGGCAUCUUGAUGCCUGUGAAACUAUGGGCAAUGCAACUGCUAUCUGUUCUGACAAAACCGGAACUUUGACUACCAACAGGAUGACGGUUGUGCAGAGCUAUAUAUGUGAACAAUUAUGGAAAACUACGCCUAAGUUCAAUGAUAUUGCUACAAAUGUCGGAAACAUUAUCAUUCAAGCUAUUUCAAUAAAUUGUAGCUAUACUUCUAGAAUAUUGCCUCCAGAACGCGGUAGUAAUCUACCGAGACAAGUUGGCAACAAAACAGAAUGUGCAUUACUAGGAUUCGUCCUAGGACUUCGAAAGGACUACCAAAUCAUCAGGGACAACCAGCCCGAAGAAACAUUCACUCGAGUAUACACUUUCAAUUCAGACAGAAAAUCAAUGAGUACCGUGAUCCCCCGAUCAGGUGGCGGUUACCGAUUAUUUACCAAAGGUGCUUCAGAAAUAAUCCUAGAAAAGUGUGCCUUUAUCUACAGCUAUGAUGGUCGUCUUCAAAAAUUCACACAAGAUAUGCAGAAAAGGCUGUUAAGACUAGUAAUAGAACCUAUGGCUUCGAAUGGACUCAGAACCAUUUGCCUUGCUUAUAGAGACUUCGUUCGUGGUGCACAAGAAAUGAAUCAGGUGUAUAUAGAACGUGAACCUAACUGGGACGAUGAAAAAUAUAUUGUCAAUAACUUAACAUGCCUGUGUGUUGUUGGUAUUGAAGAUCCUGUUCGACCCGAAGUACCUGCAGCCAUUAGGAAAUGCCAGAGAGCUGGCGUCACUGUAAGAAUGGUCACUGGUGACAAUUUGAAUACAGCUGUGUCGAUUGCCACUAAAUGUGGUAUUGUAAAACCAAAUGAUGAUUCCCUCAUUCUCGAAGGAAAAGAAUUUAACAGAAGAAUUAGGGACAGCUCUGGAGAAGUUCAACAACAUCUUAUUGACCAAGUUUGGCCUAAGUUGCGUGUUCUGGCGAGGUCAUCUCCCACGGAUAAAUACAUUCUUGUCAAGGGUAUUAUAGAUAGUGAGUUAAGUGCUUGUAGAGAAGUAGUAGCUGUAACUGGUGACGGUUCAAAUGAUGGACCAGCAUUAAAAAAGGCUGAUGUUGGAUUUGCAAUGGGUAUUGCUGGUACAGAUGUCGCAAAAGAAGCUUCUGAUAUUAUUUUGACUGAUGACAACUUCACUAGUAUCGUCAAGGCUGUUAUGUGGGGUAGAAACGUUUAUGACAGUAUAGCUAAAUUUUUACAGUUUCAGCUUACUGUCAAUACAGUUGCCGUUAUCGUGGCUUUUACUGGUGCUUGUGCUGUCCAAGACAGUCCUUUAAAGGCUGUACAAAUGUUAUGGGUGAAUUUAAUUAUGGAUACAUUAGCUUCUUUGGCUUUAGCUACUGAACUACCCAGUGAAGACUUACUUCUCAGGAAACCCUAUGGUAGAACAAAACCCUUAAUUUCCAGAACUAUGAUGAAGAACAUUUUAGGACAAGCCAUAUAUCAAUUAGUAGUUAUAUUUGGAUUACUUUUUGUAGGUGACAAACUCUUGGAUAUUGAAUCUGGAAGAGGAGUGGCAAUCGGCCAUCCAGCAACCCAACAUUUCACCAUGAUCUUUAACACUUUCGUUAUGAUGACGCUCUUCAAUGAGUUCAAUGCUAGAAAAAUUCAUGGACAAAGAAAUAUUUUUGAAGGUAUUUUCACCAAUCCCAUCUUUUAUACCAUCUGGAUUGCAACAUGUAUAGCACAGGUGGGUAUUAUCCACGUAGGUGGUAUAGCGUUUUCUACAACUAGUUUGGACAGAGAUCAGUGGUUCUGGUGCGUUUUCUUUGGAGUAGGAACUCUAUUAUGGACGCAGCUUCUUUUAACAUUGCCAACUAGUAAAAUUCCGAAGAUAUUUUCGUGGGGCAGAGGUAAUCCUGAGGAAUGUGUUAGAGCCAUUGCCACGAGUUAGAGCCAUUCCUCGCUUCUCAGGUUUUCUGGAUAAGAGACUAAGGAAAAUCUCAGCCAUAGGUUGAAUGGAAUACCCAGUUUUAUCUAGAUGAUAACUUGAAGACAGAACGAAACCCCCUGCCAGCAUACUUUUACUUGAGAGGAACUAACACUACGGGUUUGAGGAACAAUGUUAGGGUGAAAAAGAUCGCUGAAAUAUUAGUCAAACAUCAGGCACAGGUACCUGUUAUUGUGUGGGAUGAUCUAGAAAAAUAUAGCAGCUACUCCAAAAUAAUUCUGAAGACAACAUCUGAAUUUUAAUCUGGAUUUUAAUUUGGAAGUUACACAAGAUGAUUUGGUUCUAUGGUUGUUGAAUAUAUUUCGACAUGGCCUAGAUCCCAUUUUAGUACCCUAAUAAUAUUUUAAUAAAAUAUUUUUAAAUCGUUUUA